UCGGCAGUCGUAAGUAUGCGUCACGGUGACGUUUUCUUUGUACACGGAAGAAACCGGAGAAAUCAGCGGAGGACAGGGAGAGCGUCUCAUAAGAGCCUCUCCUCCAUCCAUGGUGGGUCUUAAGCAAUGCUCCGGAGAAGAUGGGACAAGCUCUGUGUAUCUGCUCGCGCAGUGCCAUCACUUUUGACAACAAGAGAUACUACUUCAUCCAGAAACUAGACGAAGGAGGUUUCAGCUAUGUGGAUCUGGUAGAAGGUGCACAUGAUGGCCGCUUCUACGCUCUAAAACGGAUCCUUUGCCAUGACCGCGAGGGCCGCAAGGAGGCUCAGACCGAGGUGGAGAUGCACCGCCUUUUCAACCAUCCCAACAUCCUCAGCCUGACCUCACACACCUUCAUGGAGCGCGGCGGGAAGUGUGAGGCCUGGCUGUUGCUCCCAUACAUCAGUAAGGGAAGUCUGUGGUCUGUUCUGGAGAAGCUGCGGGAUAAGGGGAGCUCUAUGCCUGAGAGCCGCAUACUACACAUUCUGCAUGGCAUCUGUGAAGGCCUCAAAGCUAUUCACGACAAAGACUAUGCACACAGGGACUUGAAACCCACCAACGUUUUACUAGAUGAGAACGAUCGUCCUUUUUUAAUGGACUUGGGCUCCAUGAACAAGGCCAGGAUUGAAGUUCGAGGGUCACGGGAGGCCAUGACGGUCCAGGAUUGGGCCGCUCAGAGGUGCACCAUCUCCUACAGAGCACCGGAGCUCUUUAAUGUGGAGAGUCACUGUAUCAUUGAUGAGAGAACAGAUAUUUGGUCUCUAGGUUGUGUGCUGUACUGCAUGAUGAUGCUGGAGGGACCGUAUGACUUGAUUUUUCAGAAGGGUGACAGCGUGGCUCUCGCCGUCCAGAAUUCAGUCUCCAUUCCACAGCCAUGCAGUUUUUCUCAAGGUCUUCAAACCCUCCUCAGCUCCACUAUGGUGACCAAUCCUCAGGAAAGGCCCAGAAUCAGCUGGAUCCUUGACCAGGUCCAGAACCUUCAGGACUCAAACAGUACAGACGUAGAUACCAACAGAGUAUGAUGCUUCCAUUGAGAUUUCAUGUCAGUUUUCCUGUGGACUCUGGGCUUUUUGGACUAUGCACUCUCUCUUUCGAACAAAAUUAACCAACUGAACUCACAAGCCUUGCAAACAUUUGCUCUGUCUUACCUCAGUGAGCUCAGUACACCAUGGUCACUCCAGCAUGAUCACACUAGCCUUCACAUCAAUGUCUCAUAUUU